AUGUUAUUAAUCUUAAUAAUAUUCGUUGAAUUAAUAAAUGGUAUUUAUAUGACAAAUCAAUUUAUUGAAGAACCAGAAGAUAUUGAAACAAUAAUUGGAUCAACAAUAAUUCUUCGUUGUCGAACAGAACCUAUUCAUCAAACUCAAGUUAAUUGGUGUAAAAAUGAUUUUUGCACAUUAGGAAAAACACGAGAUUUACCAUUUUAUCCUCGUUAUCAAAUUAUUGGACAUGCUCAUCAAGGUGAACAUCAUUUUAAAAUAGUUAAUGUAUCAUUAGAAGAUAAUGGAAUGUAUCAAUGUCAAAUUCAAGCUGGACCUCGAAGAUCUGGUUCAAUGUCACGAAAAGCUAAAUUAACUGUUUUACAAAUUCCAACAAGUUUAUCAAUUGAUAAUCCAAUAAUAUUAAUAGAAAAUGUUUUAUCAUUUAUUAUAUGUCGAGGAGAUGAUGGUAUGCCUGAAGCUAAACUUUCUUGGCAUAUUCCCAAAUCAAUAAAUUAUUUAUCAAUAAAUGAUUAUGUUCUUUUAUCUGGUCAAUCAUUAAGAAAUUCAAUAUCAAAUUUAACAUUAAUACCAAAUAGAUCUUAUCAUGGUAUAUUAAUUCAAUGUCAAGCACAUUCAUCUGCUAUUUUAUUAAAUAAUAAAACAAUGAUAACUCAACAAUAUAUUCAAACCAUUUUUCGACCUGAAAUAAAUAUUAGUUUAAUUGGUCAACAAAUAGAAAAUAAAAUAAUAACUAUUCAAUGUUAUGUUAAUUCUCGACCAAAAUUAAUUAAAAUCGAAUGGUUUAAUGGAACUGAUUUAUUAAAUGUAACUAAUGAAAAUCGUUUAUCAUUUAUAUUAACAAGAUAUAUGCAUAAAAAUAAAAUAACUUGUCAAGCAACAAAUCAAGUUGGAAAAACAAAUCAAUCAAUAGAACUUUAUAUUACUUAUAAACCAAUAUUUAUAGAUAAAUAUGGAAAUAAAUUAAAUAAUUAUUCAGUUGUAUUAGUUAAUGAAGGAGAAUCAAUUGAAUUAGAAUGUUUUAUUGAUUCAUCUCCAUCAUCAUUAAUAACUUGGAUAUUCAAUAAUAAAAUAAUAUCAAUAAAUAAAACAUUUUUUCAAAUAGAUUAUAUUCAAACUAUUCAACAUAUUGGCAUUUAUAUAUGUUCUGCACAUCAUUCUUUUUUUGGAACAUUUAAUAGAACUAUUCGACUUGCAUUAAAAGGACCACCUGAAAUGAUUGAAGAUAAAAUAAUUGAUUCCGUUUAUGUUGGACAAUCAGUGAUACUUGUUUGUUCGAUUUCAAAAGAUAUUCCUAUUCAAGAAAUAUAUUGGUCACGAGAAGAUCAAUCAAAAAUAAUUUCAAAUGAAAAAUAUGAAAUAAAUGAAAAUGAAAGUGAUAAUAUAAUUAAAUAUAAAUUAUUAAUUAAAAAUGUAUUAUUAUCUGAUAAUGGUUAUUAUAUAUGUACAGGAAUAAAUCAAUAUGGUUCAUCAAUAACUAAAUAUCAAUUAAGAGUUAUUCAUAUAAAUCAUUUAUUAAUUCGACCUUUUUUUUUAUAUGGAUCAAUUAUAAUUGGUAUUUUUAUUUCUUUUAUUUUAAUUAUUUUAGCAUUAAUUAAUAAUUAUCAACAAAAAAAAACAAAAAGAAUAAGAAAAAAAUCUUCAACAACAGAUGAAACAAUAUCAUCUUUAACUAAACAACAAGAAUAUGUUCAACAUGAUUAUCAAGAUGAACCUAAUUCAAUAAUUGAUCAACAAUUUAUUCAUAAUCAUACAAAUGAUAUAUUCGAUUCUUGUCAACAUGAUUUAUUUUAUUUCGAAAACAAUUCAAAAAGAUAUUCAACUGUUGUUUAA